CACGCCCUGUGUCCCAUUUUGUCUCAGGGCUUCUCCCUCGCCGCGGGCCCCUCCUUCGCACCGGCCCCUCCCGAGGUGUGGCGCCUUCCGUAGACUCCCUGGAGCUCUGCCUUCACCCCCUACCCCCUAACAGCCGAGUGCCCGCAGUUGAGGGGCGGGUUCUUGCUCCUCCGGGACAGUCUCCUGGCGAUGCUAGUUUUAGAUAAACAGAAACAAGACUCUGCUCCAGCGCUAUUAAAAUGCCAGCAGACAGGAAAGAAGCUGGAACGUGAUGGCCGCCGGGACAGGGUUGAUAAAGACAGAAGCGGGGUGAUAUCCGACAAUGAGCUUCAGCAAGCACUCUCCAAUGGCACCUGGACUCCGUUUAAUCCUGUGACUGUCAGGUCAAUCAUAUCAAUGUUUGACCGUGAGAACAAGGCUGGUGUGAACUUCAGCGAGUUCACGGGCGUCUGGAAGUACAUCACAGACUGGCAGAAUGUCUUCCGCACCUACGACAGGGACAACUCGGGGAUGAUUGACAAGAACGAGCUCAAGCAAGCACUUUCAGGUUUUGGCUACCGGCUCUCUGACCAGUUUCAUGACAUCCUCAUUCGCAAGUUUGACAGACAAGGACGGGGACAGAUCGCCUUUGACGACUUCAUCCAGGGCUGCAUCGUCUUGCAGGAGAAAGAAAGAUUGCCCAUUGUUCUUCAAGCCAGAGUUAAGUGCCACUGGUGGUCUCUGCCGCUGUCUUGCACACAUGCUGGGAUGCUCCUGGCUGAUACCGAGGGAGCCCUGAGGAGACUGGCAGGCACAGCCCACAUGGCCAGGCUCAGCCUUUCUCCAGGCCCCGCCCUGGGCAGCUGGCUGGGCACAAAGGCCAUCAUGAACCUGGAGACUGACAGAUAUAUUCAGACGCUACGAUACAGAUCAGGACGGCUGGAUUCAGGUGUCAUAUGAACAGUAUCUCUCCAUGGUCUUCAGCAUCGUAUAACACUGUCCUUUUAUAAAUAGCAACAUGACUUACGGAAAAAAAAGACUGAAAAUGCCAAAUCUCUUACCGUUAGUGAAACGGAGCACAAAUGCAGUUGUCUUUAUAUAGUUAAUAUUUGGGGACCCAACUGUACAUAUGUGGAUAAUCUGAUUAACAUUUUUGCAGUUGUAACAAUAGUCAUAUUGUUAUUCAGAUACAGACAUUUGAUUUGGGACUGUUUAAUUGUGCCAUGAGGUAAGAUAUAAUAAUGUUUCAGGUAUUCUGCAUGUCAAACAUUUAUCAUGUGCUUUUCUAUGUAGCUCCAAUUCUAUAGUGGAAAUACUUUAUUAGCCAAUAGGAAUUUUAAAAUAAUACAGAACUUGCACAGAAGACUUUUCAUGUGCCUUACUUUUUAAAAGGGGUUUAUUGUAUUCAUUUGAAUAUGCAAGGUAUGCAAUAAAGCAAUAUACCCCUUGUCCCAGGCCAUCUCUGAUGUGCUCAUGAGGGGAGCUUCAAGGGGCUCUGGGCACCUUGAGGUCAUUUUCGGUGGUCCGCAUGACUCACUUGUGGAAAUGCGUAGAUAUAAUUGGUCCUCUUACAGGAGUGUGUUUAAAUUUCAUAGAACAACUUUGAACAUAAAAAUCCAAAUGUAGUUUA